AGUCAGGCCAUAUGAUACGAUGCAGAAUAUAGUUUUCAGCAAAGUUAGCAAUCAUGACAUCGUUGUCAAAUGGUCAUUAUUGUUAUAGGUAGCAGGUCAGUGGAAGGGUGCUGCUUUUGAUAUUUAUAUUUGCUAUACUUAUUAUUAUAGUAGCGAUACAAAGAAUUGCGUUUGUGCAAUGUAAAUACUUUGCAAUGACAUGGCCAAAGUAUCAUUCUUUAAGAAAACUUAUACAGUUAUUCACGGUUGUUACACUAUUGGCCUUAUCAUCACAAUUUAUUUUACUUACAUGCUCUCGAAUGAAGAUUUGCUACAAUGUAAAAAGAGACGGACAAAAUUUGAAUAAUCCUGGUGAAAAAGAAGUUGAAAAAAUAUUUCGAAUACUUUCUAUGCAUGAAUGGCAAAAUGAAUCUCGGAAAAUUAAACGAGAAGGAAAAUACUAUAAGUACGUUGCUUUCAACUUUAAAUAUCCAGGGAACGAACGAAUUUUGCCCAGAAUGGACAAAAGAACUGGAUUGGAACGGACCAACUAUCACGCCCCUGAUGCAAUUAGACCCAACUAGAAUAAUUUAUCCAGCCAAUCGUAAUGGACCGAGCGAUGAAUUGAUUUCAUUACAAGAAGCAAUAUUUAUUGGAAUGGAAACAAACAGGACAGUGGUCAUUCCUCCUUUCAAACCACAUCCAUCUGAUAAAGACUCAAAUUAUGAUAUUUCCUUACCUGCUUCAUUGAGAGUUGAUUUGAAAAUUCUUUCUCGAUUGGUUUCCUUGACAACGGUAGAUAAGAUGCAACAAUUGUGUAACUCAAGUUUCGACAUUGGAUUUGAGGAAUCGGGAGCAACCUGUCUCUUUCGCAAAUUCUUAAAAGAAACAAGCGGAAUGUCCCUUAAUUCUUCACAUAAGCAUUUAUUUGGCAAGGAUGGUUUCUCUAACCUAACAUUUUUUAAAAAUAAUAGUUGCGACCCACCUUCUCUACCCGUUCGAAAAAUACCGUUUAGAAAGUUUUCAGUAUUUCUCAGGAACGUUAAAGAUCAAUUCAAGUCAGAUAUGCCCUGUGCAGUACUUAUCAAUACACACAAAAAUCCAAGUAAGUUGUUACGAAACCCAAACAAGAAUAUUUUAAAGAAAGCAAUGACAGACUUAUCCUCUGUCACUCAAGAAGACAUAUCUGAUGCCAAUUGUGAAACAAAGUAUAAACUCAUUGAAGUUUUUACACGAAAACCAAGAUUUGUCCGAGAAUUAGCAUCAGAAUUCAUUAGAGAAGUAAUGAAAAAACAAGAAUACCUUGCUUUGCACUGGAGAUACAAUUUUGAGUUCCGAUGUCGUUCAAGAUUUAACUUUUGUCCUGAAUUGAAAACAGUUGAAACUUCUAACAUAUCGAAAGCAAUUUUGUUUGCUGGUAGAAACUUCAAGGUUCAGCAGGGAAUCAAAAAUUUGUCAACCCAUUGCCAAAGCCCGGAAAUCGUUAAUUUUUAUUUGGCAACCGCCGCUACAGACUAUGAAACAAUAAAACAUCAGACUGAAAAUGCCAAUUUUCAAAAAGAAUUUUUUCAAAAGAUUGCAAAAAACAAAGGAGACAAGGAGGACCUGGAGUAUUACAUGGAUCAACGGUGCUGGAAAAUUCAGCUUUUCACCAAACUUGAUCUUUAUCGAUUCAUUAGCUCAAAAUAUCCAGAACAAAAAUGUUCUGCUAUCUGGCGAGAUACACAUGAACUCAUAUCCUUGGUAGAGAAUGAAUUAUGCAAACAGAGUGUGGUAUUUAUCCAUUCCCCUAAAUCCGUAUGGUCAGAAAUUGCUAGGCAAACCAGAACUAUUAAUUUAUCGAUUUGGGACGUUUUUUCAGAGAUUAAUAAACUGAUGAAUACAGUUUAAUUCAAGUCGUUUCAUGACAGACAGUAAACUAAAACAAUUGCACGCACAUAAAAUAUAUAUUUCGUUCAUUUUUGGCGUAUGAAGUUCCCAAGUUAAAUGGCACCUUUUACUAAUAUAUCUAUGCUAAAAAUACAAACAGCCACAGUCAAGUUUAUUUUUUUGCAACAGCUAAAAAUAAAAUUCAAAAUUACGUAGAAAAAUGAACACACAAUUUAGUUGAUGACGAUAGAUUCUAUAACCAAUGCGGGUUAUGGGCCAACGUAACCAGGGCUUCUUAGAUCUAAUUAAGAUGGCCGAGAAGUAUAGUUUUUAGGGUACCACAGGAUUUCUACUAGAUAUGAAUUUAAAGGUGAUGCCAGAUUUUUGAGCCUCAAUGCGACCCAAAAAGAAGUGAAUUAUUGCAAUAUACAAGAUGAAUUGAAUUCGAUUCUACUAAGGCCCGACCGAUAUAUCGGCCAUGUUUUUCACAAAUUUCGAACUAUCGGUUACGGCUAAUUUUACCUAUAGUUAUCGGCCAAUCACGUGACUGCCAAAGUGUCAAAAUUACGCCGGGAAAGCAGUUUUAUCGCUUGUUAGACACGUUAGUUGAUAUAACGAUCGUUUCAAUAUUAUGUUGUUGUUAUUGUUGUUGUUCUUUGACACUUUUUUGGACACCUAGUGAAAAACCUAA